GAUUUGUGUUUUGGCGUUUUGGGGAUUAAAGUCAGAGACAAGAAAAAGAGUGGAGGAAGAGAGAGGGAAAUAUACGAAGAAAAAACGAAAAACAAAGAAAGAAAGAGCAGACAAAAGAGGAGAGCGUUACUUCGCCCGAUCGACACAGUUUCCCCUUUGUUCCCUAGAAUCCUCUAUUCCUUCUCUAUCUUCAAAUUUCCUUCUUUCUUUUCACCUUCUUAAUAUUAUUGAAUUAUCAUUCCAUCCCUUUCUUUUUAUCUUAUAAGAGACAUGGCCGAUUCUUAUUGGAGGUAUAGCGACUCACGGCAGCCUCCGCCCUCCUCGAUACCUUCUCUUGUCGGGAAACGCCCUCGCUCCGAUUACGAUGUCUCUGGUGGCCAUGAGCUUUCCGGUUAUUAUUCUCGGGAUGAUGAUAGAGGUGCAGUCCGGGCAAUAAGAGACAGUGACUCCAUUGGAGCAUCUUAUGAUCGUUACCUUCGCAGCACGCAAAUGUCAUCAUAUAGUGGGAGUCAGUCUGCUAGACCUAUGAGCGGGGGAAUGCCUGGCCGUUCUGUUGAUGAUCCCCGUAUCAUGGGUAUAGGUGGUGUUGAUCCAGGACAAACUGUAAAAGAUAGGACCUUAGGAUUUGGUGGUGGGAGGCCUGAAGCUCCUCUUCCUCCUGAUGCAUCCAGCACACUGUUUGUGGAGGGUUUGCCAUCUGACUGUACGCGCCGAGAAGUUUCUCAUAUCUUCCGCCCGUUUGUUGGGUACAAGGAAGUGAGACUUGUAAGCAAGGAAUCAAGACAUCCUGGGGGAGAUCCGCUGAUACUUUGUUUUGUUGAUUUUGUAAGCCCUGCUCAUGCCGCCACUGCCAUGGAUGCUUUACAAGGUUAUAAAUUCGAUGAGCAUGACCGUGACUCGGUCAAAUUAAGGUUGCAAUUUGCUCGCUACCCUGGUGCAAGGUCAGGUGGCGGGCAUCGUGGCAAGCGUUGAAUUGUGCGAUUCGCAGGAUUUGCUCGAAUUUGGGAGGUUAUGAUAAUGAGGGAUGGUACGACAGCCUUGUGGUUUCGAGAAUUACUCCAGUCUCUGAAUGGUCGCUUUCAUUAGGAUGAACUUGAACUGUGUAGUUUCGAUAAUUCUGGGGCAACCACUAGAGAUUUGAGAGUGUUUCUUUUCUGCUAGAGAGCAGCGAACUGUAUUUGAUUUUUAAAUUAUUUAGAAUGUCUUCAUAUGCGUUGCACCGAAUGCUUCUAAACUUAUCUAUGUUUGCGGUUAGGAGUCAUCAUUUGGAAAUAUUUGAUUAACAAUGGACGUGCGGUCAAAUAGGUAUCAUUCAUAGAGGUGCUGUUA